UCCAAUAGCCCAAAAAAACUGAAAUAGACAAUAGCCCUACCCUUCUCCCGGCGUCUCCACUCUUCCGCCGGAUUCCGCCCUCGUCUCUCACCGCCCCACUCCCUCACGCCCUCUGCUCUUGCUCCUCACAUCCUCAGACGCCAAACGGUCAUACCUCACUACGACACUACCCAGUCUGCGACUUAGUGGCUGCAACUCGCCAACUCCUCCCUCGUCCUCGAGGAGUCAAGGAGACACCGGCCCACCACUCGCCGCCUACCGCCUCACUGGAGUCCUGCCGCCUACCGCCUCACUGGAGUCCUGCCUCAUCAAUUGUCACCAGCUCUGCCUCUGACACAGCGAGACGUGCUACGCAGGACAGAGAGUUACUGCCUUACUGGACACCGGCUUGCCGCUGGCUGCCUCGCCACCAGCUCUGAGCCUCUGACACACGCCAAUUCUAUUCUUUUUCAAGAGAAAGCGAAAGGGGAUGCAGAGCUUUACCAAAUCUGCAGCCCCACUUUGCAGCAGCGGCCAUUGUCACCGAAUCAGCUCAGCUCCCUGUAAAAGUUCCAUCUUUGUAGGUGUUCUUAAUUCUAAGCCUCAACACACCUUAAUCCUCAAGCAACUUUCUUCUUCCUCUUCUUGGAUGCUUUCCCAACAUGCCCAAUGUAGCUCCGCCAUUCUGCCCUGCAAAGCUUCUUUGAAAGCUCAAGAAACGCCGGCACCGGACAGGAGCAGUGUUUCACCCAUUCAUGGAGUAUCUGAAAUUGUUGUUGGGGUUCUGGGAGGAGGACAACUUGGCCGUAUGUUGUGUCAAGCAGCAUCGGAGAUGGCCAUCAAAGUUAUUGUCUUGGACCCAAUGAAGGAUUGUCCUGCAAGUUUGUUGGCUCAUCAUCAUGUGGUUGGAAGCUAUGAUGAUAGUGCCACUGUUGAAGAAUUUGGAAAAAGGUGUGAUGUGUUGACGAUUGAGAUUGAGCAUGUUGAUGCUGCCACAAUUGAAAAGUUGGAGCAGCAAGGGGUGGACUGUGAGCCUAAAGCCUCAACAAUCCGGAUAAUCCAGGACAAAUAUCUUCAAAAGGUCCACUUUUCUAAAUCUUCCAUUCCGCUUCCUAAGUUUAUGCAGAUAGAUAAUCUUGAAAGUGCUAAAAGAGCAGGUGACCUCUUUGGCUAUCCACUUAUGGUCAAGAGCAGGAGGCUUGCCUAUGAUGGGCGUGGCAAUGCUGUAGCUAAAAGUGAAGAAGGUCUUUCUUCUGCAGUAAAUGCUCUUGGAGGAUUUGAUCGGGGUUUAUAUGUUGAAAAGUGGGCCCCAUUUGUGAAGGAGCUUUCCGUCAUUGUGGCUAGAGGAAGGGAUGGCUCUACCCUCUGUUAUCCCGUUGUCGAGACAAUUCAUAGGGAAAACAUUUGUCACAUUGUGAAGUCACCAGCUAAUGUGUCAUGGAAGGUUAUGAAACUUGCAACUGAUGUUGCAUGCAAAGCUGUUGGUUCAUUAGAAGGUGCUGGUGUUUUUGCUGUUGAGCUGUUUUUGACAGAUGAUGAUCAGAUUUUACUUAAUGAAGUGGCUCCAAGACCUCAUAAUAGUGGACAUCACACUAUUGAGUCUUGCUUUACUUCGCAAUUUGAGCAACACUUACGAGCUGUGGUAGGGCUGCCACUCGGUGACCCAUCAAUGAAAACACCUGCUGCCAUCAUGUACAACAUAUUAGGUGAAGAUGAGGGAGAACCAGGCUUUGCUUUAGCUAAUCAGCUUAUGGGAAGGGCAUUAGAAAUACCAGGAGCAUCUAUUCAUUGGUAUGACAAACCAGAAAUGCGAAAACAAAGAAAGAUGGGUCACAUUACUUUCGUUGGACCCUCAAUGGGCAUUGUGGAAGCACGGCUAAGAUCUGCACUCAGAGAAAAUAUCACGGAUAGCCAGCCUUCUGAAUCUGUUGCACCGCGUGUUGGAAUCAUAAUGGGGUCUGAUUCAGAUCUUCCUGUUAUGAAGGAUGCUGCAAAGAUAUUGAAAGAGUUUGAUGUGCCUACUGAGGUAAAAAUCGUUUCUGCCCAUCGGACCCCUGAAAUGAUGUAUUCCUAUGCUCUAUCCGCUGUAGAACGUGGCAUCCAGGUAAUUAUUGCUGGUGCUGGGGGUGCAGCCCACUUGCCUGGCAUGGUUGCUGCAUUGACUCCAUUACCAGUUAUUGGAGUUCCAGUACGAGCUUCUGCUCUAGAUGGAAUGGACUCUCUAUUAUCUAUUGUUCAGAUGCCAAGAGGGGUCCCGGUUGCAACCGUAGCCAUAAACAAUGCAACAAAUGCGGGUCUGUUGGCAGUGAGAUUAUUAGGGAUCAGCGACACAAACCUGCAAGCAAGAAUGGCUCAAUAUCAAGAAGACAGACGAGACGAGGUGUUGGUCAAAGCAGAGAGGCUGGGAAAAGGCGGCUGGGAAGAUUACCUAAAUUCUUAGCCCGGAUUCAACAACUCCAAACAUUAUACCACAACCCCCCUUUCCAGAUUCAAUUUUGAGGAUCACACAAGGCCAAAAGAAUUGCCUUUUAAAAUAUGGAAAAAAAAAAAAAAAAAAAACCGUGGGGGCAUUUUCAUGGGUUUAGGAGUAGGGAAUCACAACCAAUCCCAUUCCCACUUAAAACCCGUUGAUUUGAUUCCUGUCUGAAGUGUGGUUUUAUCUCCAUUUGAUUCAAACAUCUCACAUAUACAUGACGGGAGUAUUACUUGAUGAAGAGAUAUCUCAUUUUUCUCUCGAGAAAUAAUGCAAAAUUGAUAUCUACUUGAGAAGGCAAAA